AUGGCAUCGAACGAUUUUGUCAUAAUCGAUGAGGCAUCAACGUCGUCGUCAUCAUCAUUUUCUGCUUCAUCUUCAUCAUUAACUUCUUCGUCUUCAUUAUGUUCAUCAAUAACUUCCUCAUCUUCAUCAUGUUCAUCAUUAACUUCUUCAUCUUCAGCUACAACUAAAUUAACAAUUAAUAAAACAACAUCGAAUAAACGAAAACCAAUGUUAACAGUCCAUGGUUAUUAUUUUCAAAUGAAAAAUUAUAAUAAAGCCAAGACAAUCAAGUUUUGGCGAUGCGCAAAUCGAAGUUGUGGUGUACUUUUACAUACCAAUUUCAAUGAUGAGUUUGUACGUUUUUCUGGUAGUAUGACCGAGCACUCUCAUCCACCAAAUCCGGCUGAAUUAGAAAUAAGAAAUUUGAGAGAAGAAAUGCGAAAACGAGCUGAACAUGAGUUAUUACCAUUACAAGAAAUUGCCGAACAAGAAGUUCGAAAAGGUUUACUCACAGGUGAAGCUCUUGCAGUUUUACCAAAUAUUCUUAAUCUAGGUAUUCCGGUGGUAUAUUCACUACUUCCUGAUCGUAAAGCAUUUACAUAUAUGUAUUUAUUUAAUAUUUUAUUUUCUGAAGCAAAAAAACGUAAUAAAACAUUUGAUCCUUCUUUGAUAAUGACUGAUUUUGAACCAGGUACUGCUAAAGCAAUCUCACUCGAGGCGAUUUAUCGUAAUGUUCAAUUUAAUGGUUUAUCAUCAACUUACUUGGAGAAUGUUAUGGUUCGUAGCGUAAUUCGACGGAUGAUGGCUUUGGCAUUAGUUCCUCCAGAACAUGUUCCAUCAUUAUUUGCACGACUUGGUGAAGAACUUAAUCCAGAAGAACGAGAUGAACUACUUGGUUUAUUUAAAUAUUUUAAUAGUCAGUGGAUGAAGCAAAUACCAAUGUGGAAUGUUUUUGAUAUUUCAGAUAGGACAAAUAAUUAUAGUGAGGGUAUGUAA